AUGGCUUCUGCGACCGAGAAGCACACCGAUGGCUACGACGGCGAUGCCGAGCGCAGAAUUAGUGUCGCGAGGACGGAGAAGGGGAGAUGGGAACGCCUCUGGCCUGUGAUUGCGUGCGGUGCGGGAUUGUUUAGUGAUGGGUAUCUUAACAAUAUCAUCGGUCCCGUCAACACCAUGCUCAAGAGGAUCUACCCCACGGCGUAUGCGAGCUCGUCGGCGCAGGCGAAUGUCGCGAGCAUCACGUUUGCAGGGACGGUGGUGGGUAUGCUGUUCUUUGGAUACACGUCGGAUCACUUUUCGAGGAAGUGGUCGCUGUUCGCCUCGACGAUCAUUAUCAUCUUGUUCGCUGCGCUUGGCACGGGGUCGUAUGGAGCUGGAGGUAGUCCGACUGGUCUGCUGUCCGCGCUUGUCGCAUAUCGCUUCUUCUUGGGCAUCGGUAUUGGCGGAGAAUAUCCAGCAGGCAGUGUUGGAUGCGCCGAGUCGACUGGAGAAUUAAAAGAAGGCUCACGCAACAAAUGGUUCAUCCUCUUCACCAACGUCCAGAUCGACCUCGCGUUCUUAAUCUCCGCGAUCGUUGCGACGAUCGUCGUAGUUAUCACAGGAGACUCGCUCCAUGGUCUACGAAUCGCAUGGCGCGUCUGCCUCGGUAUCGGAAUCAUACCACCGCUUUCGCUCCUGUACCUUCGACUGAAACUGUCAGAGCCCGAAGCUUUCAAGCGCGAGUCACUUGCGAAAGCGAAGACACCAUGGUUGCUGGUCAUCAAGUUUUACUGGUACAGACUCAGCAUUGUGAGCGUCAUCUGGUUCAUCUACGACUUCAGCGCAUACUCGUUCGGCAUCUACUCGACGUCGAUUCUGGCAAACCUCCUUGGUGAAUCAGCGCCGUUGUGGAAGUCACUUGCGUGGAAUAUCUUGAUCAACUUCUUCUACAUGCCUGGUUGUCUAGCUGGUGCUUUUGUGGCGGACAUGCCGUCCAUGGGCCCGAAGAAGACGCUGUUUAUUGGAGUGGCCCUUCAAGGACUGAUCGGCUUCAUCAUGGCGGGAUGCUACCCCUAUCUGAAUGACCCCAAGAACGUUGCUGGGUUUGUUGUCGUGUACGGCAUUUUCUUGGCUCUGGGCGAGUUUGGGCCUGGUGACAACAUUGGGCUCAUCGCUUCGAAGACGUGUGCGACUGGAAUCAGGUAUGAUUUACUUCUCCAGAUCGUAUUGAAAACAAAGAUGCUAAUCAUGGACAGAGGCCAAUAUUACGGCUUUGCUGCUGCGUUCGGCAAGAUCGGUGCCUUUGCAGGCUCGUACGCCCUCGACGCCAUCCAGAAAGCAGCAGGUGCCGACACAAUCGCGGCAGGUCGGAACCCGUUCUUCGUAGCAUCGAGUCUGGCGUUCCUUGCUGCUGGACUGGUUCUCUUGCUCCCACAUAUCGGCCAAGAUACUAUUGACCAGGAGGACAUCAAAUUCAGAGAGUACUUGUUGGCGAACGGAUACGAUACCAGCAAGAUGGGAUUGGAAAGCGCGAGCGUGAUCAGCAGUGACGGAGAGGGCAGCGGGUCCGGAGCAGAGGGGCCAAAGGAGACAUUAUAG